UUCUCAACAUGGGAAACACUCUGCUAUCAAUGAACAUCUACAUCAUCUCUUUGCUUCUACAAAUGGUUAUGGUAGUAAAUAGGGCUACACCUAUUUUUGCAUCAACAAAUGAGGAUCAUUACCAAAAGAGAAUCGACGUCGUCGACAAGGGAGAAGGACAAAGGAUCAAAAAUAUUACUACAAAGGAAGAUCACAUGAUUAUGAGCAAAUCAUGUGAUAUUUAUAAUGGAAGUUGGGUGUAUGAUAGUUCAUAUCCUUUGUAUGAAGCAAUUGAGUGUCCUUUCUUAGAGAAACAAUUUGGUUGUAAGAUGAAUGGAAGACCGGAUUCUAACUAUCUUAAGUUUAGAUGGGACCCUUUUGAAUGUCACUUACCAAGGUUUGAUGGUGCUCAUUUUUUGAGAAGAUUAAGAGGGAAAAGAUUACUAUUUGUAGGAGAUUCCAUAAGCCUUAAUCAAUGGCAAUCUCUGGCUUGCAUGCUCCACACAGCUGUGCCACAAUCUCAUUACAAGUUAACCAGGACUGAGGCCCUCUCUGAGUUCACUUUCCCUGCAUACAAUACUUCUUUGAUGCUAUUAAGAGAUGGUUUUCUUAUAAAGGUUGUAAAAGAAGAUGUUAGAAGGGUAUUGGUUCUCAAUUCAGUAAGCCAAGGGAAUUCUUGGAAGGGUUUUGACAUUUUAAUCUUCAACUCUUGGCAUUGGUGGCUUCAUACCGGAAGAAAACAACCGUGGGAUCUUAUAUUAGAUGGAGAUAAGAAGUACAAAGACAUGGAUAGACUUGUUGCAUAUGAGAAGGGAUUGAAGACUUGGGUUAGAUGGGUAGACUUGAAUUUGAAAUCUACUAAAACCAAAGUGUUUUUUCAAGGAGUAUCCCCGGAUCAUAUGAAUGCACUAAACUGGACAGCUCCAAAUGCAAGAACAUGUAUAGGAGCCACACAACCUCUAGUAAGAGAGACAUAUUAUGAAGUAAUACAACAACACCCAGCAGAAAGGAUAGUAGAGAAAGUACUGCAAAGAAUGAAAAGGCCAGUUCAUUUGUUAAGAAUAACACCUCUAUCCCAAUUAAGAAGGGAUGCUCACCCUGGGAUUUAUGGCAUUGGUAGGCAAAGGCUUCCCGAUUGUAGUCAUUGGUGUCUUCCUGGCCUUCCUGAUACUUGGAAUCACCUUCUUUAUACUUCUCUUUAUUUCAACAUUUAAUUAGUUUUUAUAAUUAAUAACUUUUUAGUAUAAAAAUAAAUAAUUAUAGUUGAUUUAGUCUUGUUUUUUAUAAUUAAACUUUGUUUUUUUGAGUCGAUUGAUAAUUUUUCAUAUGGUUAUGCUCUUUUGAAUAAAAAGUUAAAAUUUUAGGAGAUUAUGAGCCAUAUAACUCGUGUUGUAUU